AUGGCGUUCCAGUUCCCCGUGGCGAGCGGCAAGAAGAAGAAAGUGCAGGUGUUUGAGUGCCCCACGGAGACGUGGAAGGAGCGCAAGCCUCGCGCCGCCAAGAACAAAGCCAAGGACGAUGAACCGGAGAUGACGCUGCGUCAGGAAAUUCGCAAAGAGUUCGACGAAACCUUCGACUCAGUGCUGGACUUUGCUACGUCCAACCUGAAGGGCAAGGAGAAGAAGGCGCACGAGGCCAAGAAGAUUGAGGCGCUUGGUGGCAAAGCUGCCAAGAACCGUAGUGUGCCGUACAAGAUUCUGAUCGGCAUGAAGACCAAGGGCGCCGCCAGGAAGCAGCGUCGUGAGGAACUGGUACACGUGGUGACGGGAAAGAGGAAGGCCAGCAGUGGCAAGUCGAGAGACCAGCAGAAGCGGAAGAAGGUCGACUUCGGCGUGCAGGCUACCAAGGGACGGUUCAAGGGCGGCGUGCUGGAUGUGCGCGGUCUGUAA